UGCCUGUCUGGGAGCUACUCCCACGAAGCUCUCCCACUACGUAAGCUCUGGGCCGACUGCAACUUUUUCUGUUGUUGUUGGGGGGAGGCAGAAAAAAAAAAACACGUAGACACUUUGGUAUGUUUGGAAACGGACUCAAAAGAUCCCUUUUGUUGAAAGUGAGACGACAUUCAUGUAUGCGGAUGUGAAGAACUGGUCAACAACGCUGGUCAACCCAAACGGGACAGAAGAGGGACGCUGAGGGGGUUCCGAGUUUACCGGUGUCAAGUUUGAGAAAGAAGGGAGGGAAGUUUUGCAGCAAAAGAAAAGACGAAGGAUUUGGGUCAACUUUUAAGGAUUUGAAGGAGCGUCUCUGAACUAUGGCGAAAAAGUAUGAUUUUCUCUUCAAGUUGCUGCUCAUCGGGGACAGUGGAGUCGGCAAAACAUGUCUGAUCAUUCGCUUUGCUGAGGACAAUUUCAACUCCACCUACAUCUCAACCAUCGGCAUCGACUUUAAAGUGAAAACUAUUGAAGUGGACGGGAAGAAAGUGAAACUGCAAGUAUGGGACACGGCGGGCCAAGAGAGGUUCAAGACCAUCACCACGGCCUAUUACAGAGGAGCCAUGGGCAUCAUCCUGGUCUAUGACAUCACAGACGAGAAGUCCUUUGAAAACAUCCAGAACUGGAUGAAAAGCAUCAAAGAAAAUGCAUCAGCGGGGGUGAGUCGGAUGUUGCUCGGUAAUAAGUGUGACAUUGAGGCAAAGCGGAAGGUUACCAAGGAGACGGGAGAAAAGCUGGCUAAGGAUCACGGCAUCAGGUUCUUUGAAACCAGCGCCAAGUCCAGUAUUAACGUUGAAGAGUCCUUUCUGUCAUUGGCAAGAGACAUACUUCAGAAAUCCAGCAGAAAACCUGCUCCCACGGGCCGAGAGGUGAAGAUCACCAGCAGCGCACAGAAAAAAACAUCCAAAUGUGCGCUUCUCUAGACACAGCAGCGCAGACACACACACGGUGCCAGUUGCCCUUCAACUUAAAAAAAAAACACACACACACAAAUCUGUAUGAACCAUCUGGUGGCUCCAGAAUAUGUCCAACACAUUUCUUGUCCUUUGCACAGUUUCAAUUCACAUUUUUUGUCACAUUUCCUAUCACAGAGGAUAAGUGGUGAGAUGCGAUUGUGUUUUUUUUUUUUACGAUCGAGUGAACGAGGUCAACAUUUUAGAAUCGACAAAAGUAGCACGCCGACACCUGGAAACUAAAUACAGUAUGUGAAGAGCGAAUGUUUUACGAAAAGACUGAGUAUGUGGAAGUUUGAAGCAGUCAUAAAGUGCAAUAUAGAAGAUGUGAGGAGAGAUGAAAGAUGGAGGAAGCAAGUGAAUGAGAUUUGUCAGAUGGUUGGAGCAAUUUCCUUUCGCAAGUACUGUGAUGAUAGCGGCUGACUUUUUUUUUUCUUCUCUGUCAAAACAAGUGUCCUGCCUUGUGUGGUAGCAGGCUUCACUUUGCCGCUCGCUAUAUUUGGAUUUGGUUUGUGGCCACACUUGUGCUGAAUAAAAAGUGAGAAGAGUC